AUGGUAGGAAGAACAAAAGUAGCAUGUUUCCAUGGCCUAAUUGAUAGAAUGUGGUCAAAGAUCAAUAACUGGAAGAUAGGCAAGUUGUCAGCAGCUGGAAAAGAGGUGCUGCUCAAGUUAGUACUACAGGCAAUUCCCACAUACACAAUGGGAAUUUUCCUUCUACCAAAGUCCAUCACCAAGAGGCUUGACCAGAUGCUAAGGAAGUUUUGGUGGGGCUUUAGCGGGGAUCAAACUAAAAUGCAGUGGAUAAAGUGGAGUCAAAUCAACAAAGCAAAAGAUCAAGGGGGCUUGGGUUUCAGAAAUUUCAAUAGUUUCAACAUGGCUCUUUUAGCAAAGAAUGGGUGGAAUCUGUUGCAAAGCCCUACAUCUCUCCCUGCCACCAUUCUCAGACAAAAGUACUUCCCACAUGGCUCCAUUUUAAAGGCAAAAGUUGGGGCUCGACCCUCACUGACUUGGAGAAGCUUACAUGCUGGACUCUCACUGCUAAAGGAAGGCUUGUUAUGGAGAAUAGGAGAUGGAAAAUAG